GCUUAAUAAUGAAGCACUUGCACUUUUCCCUUUAAAAAAAGAAAAAAAAAGAAAAAAAAAGCUUAAUAAUGAAGCACUUGCACUUUUCCCUUUAAAAAAAAAAAAAAAAAAAAAAAAAGUUGAACGGCAGUGACAAAGCAUUCAUGUGUUUCUGAUGUUUACUAUUGUUUGUAAUAUUUACACACAAAAAGGAACUCAGGAGGAGACACGGAUCCCUGUGGCAUUUUUGUAUGGAAGUAAAAAUCUGUCAAAUCAAACAUGUGAAUCAGGGAGUGACCCUCCUUAUCCUGCAUGGAAAAAGGAGCAGCCCAAAAAAGUUUGUAUCCUCAUCCUGUAACAGAUUUUCAGUAUGUAAAAUCAAUAUGACUAUGAAAAAAAAGAAAAGAAAAGCUCAGGUUAAUUAAAAUCAGUCUUUGUUUGUAUUAAGUGCUUCCUGGUCACUUUAAUGUGCAUAUUUAUUGUUCACUAAAAACCAAAUGACAAUAAAAUUUUUUUUAAAAAACCUUAUUAAUAUUCAUGUCAAAAGCUACAAUCUCACUAGCUCUCCAACAAGGGACUGUUUCUCAUUUGUUUAUUCCACUCGAGGAAAACAAAAAGGCAUCUCAAAAGUUCUACUUCUCAGUAUGUCAAAAUUAUGAGAUGCAGAACUUGAAAAAGGCUUGUAGACAGUUGAAACAAGCUUUCAUAAAUUGGACACUUUACUAAAGUCUGGCUUUUGCUCACUUGAUGUGGGAAAAAAAAUCUAAACUGCUACAAAGAAAAUGAGUUAAAACAACCUCAAACACUGAGAAACUACUUGUAGGUGGGUAAAAGGGAAUCCUGAAAGAUGUGUUUACUAGAAAUUUUUAUAGUCUGAAAGUCAAAGAUGAGAACACUAAACAUCAGUUGGAAUAAACAUGAAAGAUUUUUGCACGAGAUAUGAGGACAAACGUCAGCUUUCUUUUAGUUUUAUUAAAUCUUCUUAGCAAAAAAAAAAUUGCUAAAGAAAGAAAAUAUGUUUGUAAUUCAAGAGUUACAUGCCAACCUGUAACAGGCUCGGGUUGUGUGAUUAUUUUUUAAAGCUAGAAUACAUGAAAAGUUUAUGGUUGUUGGGGUUCAGCCACUUAGUCUGUAGUGAAGAAGUGCAGGACAUGUUUUAUGUUUUUUAUAUAAAGUUAAACAAAACACAAAAUCCAGAUGUCUUUGAUCUGACCCUAUCUUACCAAUGUCCCCCUGCCAAUAAACAUUUUCUUUCUCCUUUACCUGCGGACACCUGAUCUUUGUUCGCUCAGUGGAAUGGCACCAUCCUGUGGUCAAAAGAGGGACUGCGGAGUGAUGCAGCAGCAGUUUGACACACAUCAUAUUGAUUUGUUUAUAUUUCUCCCUGAUUUUAAAUUGUUACGCUCCGGGUACUUGCAGACAUAUUUGGUUUGCAUUGUGGGGAAAGUUAUCUGACAGAGGAGGCAACAGGCAGUUCAAAAACAAGUUUUAUCAGGUAGGAAUUAAAGGGCCAGCCGGAGAAACUGGAUAGUUGUUUAGGUCUUGGGAGAUGUGUGAUGAUGAUGAGAAAGAAAGCUUAAAUUUGUAUGUCUGUAAACGAGGACGCAGUCCUUCCUGGAGCGCCAGUGUUUCAUGUCUCCCAGUGAAAUGAGAUCCAACCCGUUCUCCAGCACACCUCCGACCGCCUCAACCUGCUCUCCGACUGGGAGCACGUUAUCGACGGUGUCAUCGUCACACAUAACAAGACCUCACCUGUGCGACUCUGGCGAAUACACUUCCACGCAGCGGCGGACUAUGAAAAGUGUGCGUAAUGAUUAACCACCACGCUCGGAAAUACGCCCCCCCGCGCUCAUCGGUCACAGAUGACUGUCCGCUGGCCCUGCAGGCUGUCCAUAUCAGCAAACACCAGGACACUCUGAACGAGGCAACGUGGCCGCAGACGGGCGCCAAGAUGCGGAUCUCCAAGGCCAACAAGGGCGCGGCGGUGGUGAGGGCUGUCCGGCGGCAGGCGUCUCCUCAGCCGUCCAGACUGGAGGGGAUGUGGAGCGACAGAAAGCUGUCGAGCUGCGGACCUGAGGGGAGAGACGGGGCAGGAGCUUCUGGGAACGCGAUGGAGGGACACGAAGGGGGGGCACCCCGUGGUAGGAAGAAGGCAUCCAAACCACAUGUGAAGACCAUCUUCUCCCCCGAAGACAAGGACCCCAGGGUGAAGGAGGAGACCGGAGAGGGACACGCCUUCGAACCCGGAACGGAGAGCAACUGGUGUGAUUUGUGCUGCAAGUACAUCUUCAAGAAUGGUCUCAUCUGUGCAGGUUGCAAGUACGCGUGCCACACUGCAUGUCGGGACAAAGUGGCACUGGACUGCCAUCCUCCAGCGUCACCCAUCAGCCAGGACCAGCUCAACAACAACAACACGCCGAUCCAUUGACAGCUUCCAGCAACCACCUGUCAGCCACCUGGGAAUACACAUUUUCCCCAGUGACCAGUGGUUACCAUAAUCAUUUAGAUGAAAGACUUCCACAAACAGCUGUAAACAAAAAAGUGAAUUUCAGGUAACAUAUUUUGGACACUUGAAUUAUAAAACACUCUCUGCUUUAAUCUAAAUUGCCAAAG